AGAAUGUCGUCUAGAUACAUUGCUCGUAAAUAUGGUGAAUCUAGAACUUCUAGAUCUCAGUCAGUAGCUGGGGAUAACUGGUCCAGAGCUUCUUCACAGAUUCGUGAGGUUGGAAGUGGUUACUCUACUCGAGCAACAACACCUGAAAUAGAACGUCCCUGGUCCUCAGCAUCUACAUACAACUACUACACCAACUACCCAACACCAUCCUACAACAACCAAACAUCAGGCAGUAGACCCUCUACUCCUCAACCCCAAAGGAACGGGAACUCAGGGUUGGUUCAGCUUGGUGUUCCAAGACGAGGAUUAACUCCACCUAGAACAGUAUAUUCAGAUGCAUUGCUAAAAAGUUCAAGGAAACUCAGAGAGAGAUCAUUCUCACCAACAAGAGAACAUGUAGCAACAGUCCGGUCUGUUUCUCAGUAUAAAGCAAACUCUGACUACUACAGGGGAAAAACGAAGUCUAUAUAUGAACGAGAACCAAUGUUUGACGAGUUUGUCAGUAAUCUACCCUUGACGGAUCUCCACGCCUUCAAUUCCACUGAUCUUGGUCGACUUAAGCGACAGUUUCAGGCAAUGGUAGAGAACAGAUGGUCUAGGAAACAGUGUAAUGAUCCGAGUGUACCGCACGAUACAGCUUAUAAGGCCAGCUCUUGGUCUAACUAUCUUGCUAAACCCUCUCCUGCAAGUGUUACUCUGGGAGAAAAGCAUAGAUACAGGGGUAAAACACCUUCUAAUCUUCCCCGUAUCUACGUCUAUCACAGGAGCACACAGUGAUGGACAUAGCGAUGCUUCAGAAGAAAGUAUUUCUUCAAACUGCAAAACUCCCAAGAAACUAAUUUUUUAUCAAAAAUAUAAAUAAAAAUUUGCUCAAUGUAUAACGAUUAUCAAAAAUAAAGGAAAUUAAA